AUGGCCUCCCUCACGCUCGCGUUACUGCUUGCCCUCUUCGCCCUCCUCACCUCUGCCGACCCUUCGGUACCCACACAAAACACCCAGUUUUGCAACUUUGGGCACCCCACCGGGCAUGCCGAUUUCUGCUUUGGUCUGUCGGUGAAAAAUCACUCGAGCCCAAAGCCAAAUCACGACUUUCACAAGGAUUUUCAGAUCAGCUUAUCGAUCCGCCGAUCGGGGAAGCUAGGGUGGACGGCUGUUGGGACGGGGCCGACGAUGGCGGGGUCGGUGAUGGUUGUUGUUUACGGGGAUCCGGGGAGGGGAAGGCCGGCGGUUAGUGUCAGGAGUGUGGAUGGGCAUCACCUGCCCGGGACUAUUGAUCAUCAGGGUGUCGAUGGGGAGAUGGAGGAAUGGGAAAAGCCGGACGGGCCAGCGACGCAUGCCGCACGGGUGGAGGUUGUUUGUGAGAAGUGCGAUACUUUUGGGAGUGUGCAGAGCUGGGGUGGUGGGGGAACAGGGGGGAGUAUGCCGUGGAUUUGGGCUUGGAAUGAUCAUCAGGAUUUCGAACAUGAUGGGGACGGGUUUGAGGUGGGGGCGAAAUUGAAGAUGCAUAGGCAUCGUGAGGGGAGUGGGGGGUUUGGGAGGUUUUGGGUUGAUAUGCGGAGGGCUGCUCUUGAGGGAGGGAGACAUGAGUGGGAUUUUGAGGAAAAGGAAGGGAACAGGAGGGUGGGGACGAGUGAUGGGCCGAUUGGGGUCGGGGCUUGGUUUGACUUUGUGGUGAGGGUUUGGUCGUUGGCGAAGAUUCAUGGGGUGGUGAUGGGGGUGGGGUUUUUGGGGUUGUUCCCGUUGGGGUUGGUGAUGAUCAGGAUGAAUAGUGGGAAGGGGAGGCCGUUUAAGAGGCAUUGGAGGGUGCAGGUUUUGGCCACGACGGUUGCGGUUGUUGGGGCGAUGAUUGGAGGACGGUUGUCAAAGUGGCAUAUGCCAAAAACAUCACAUCAGUGGUUGGGGGUGGGCGUUGUGGUAGGGUUGGUUGUGCAGAGUGUUUUGGGGUGGAGGCACCAUGUUGACUUUGUGAGGAUCAAGAGACGGACGUGGAUUUCUCACGGGCAUAUCUGGCUGGGGAGGUUUUUGGUUGCUGGGGGGUUGGUGAAUGUGGUUUUGGGCAUGUUGUUGUCUGGCAAGGGUGCAGGGUCGGUUUGGUUGGUCGUCGCGGUGGGAGUGUUGGAGGCGGCUGGGUUGGGCUACUGGCUUUGGAGGACUGAGAGGCAGAGGAAGCAGGCUGCUGGUGGGGGGGAGGAUGGGACGGAGGCUUUGGCUUUGAUGCCGAGGAGUAGCGAUGGAGGGGAGAAUUAUUUUGCAUUGGAUGAGAGCGAAGAGGAAAGCUCGGAUGAGGGUGAGGAUGGCAAGAUGUCGGAUGAGGAGUCAUUGCGGAAGAGAUCAGUGGACUCAGCGACUUCUGUGAAGAAGAGUUUGGCGGCAACGAAGGACUAA